CUCCCUCUUUUCUCCUCCUCUCUUUUGAUGACGAUGAUGGUCUCCUCCUCUUCUUCGAGGGAUCCUCCUUUCUCCACCGUCCGAUAGCAAUCGGACCCACCAAACGGACGGCCGACGAUGCCCGCCGGCGGGGGGUGGGCCGCCAUGUUCCCCGAUGAGGUCUGGGAGCACGUCUUCUCCUUCCUCGCCGCCGACGGCGACCGCAACGCGGUCUCCCUCGUCUGCCGCGGCUGGUACCACAUCGAGCGCCGGUCCCGGCGCCGGAUCUUCGUCGGCAACUGCUACGCCAUCGCCCCCACCGUCGCCGUCCGCCGCUUCCCCAACGUCCGCGUCGUCUCGAUCAAGGGCAAGCCGCACUUCGCCGACUUCAACCUCGUCCCUUCCGACUGGGGUGGCCACGCCGACGCUUGGGUCGCCGCCAUGGCGGAAGGGUGGCCGCUCCUCGAGGAGCUCCACCUCAAGCGCAUGGUCGUCACCGACGAAUGCCUUGAGUUGCUUGCCAGGUCCUUCAAGAACUUCAGGGUCCUCGCGCUCUCCUUCUGCGAGGGCGUCAGCACCGCCGGCCUCGCCGCCAUCGCCGCCAAUUGCAGAAAUCUGAGGGAGCUAGACUUGCAGGAAACUGUAGUAGAGGAGAAUUGUGUGCACUGGCUCAGCCAUUUUCCUGAAUCUUCCACUUCUUUGGUAAAUUUGAGCAUUGCUAGCUUAGAAGAGGAUGUGAAUAUCGCUGUCCUUGAGCACCUUGUGAGCAGAUGCACCAACCUCAAGACCCUCAAGCUCAACUAUGCUGUGCCUCUUGAUAGGCUUGUCAACCUCCUAUGCAGGGCCCCGCAGCUGGCCAACCUAGGAACUGGCAGGUUCACAGCAGAGUACCGUCCGGAGCUCUUCUCCAAGCUUGAAUCAGCCUUUGCGAGCUGUAAAAGCAUGAAAAGCCUAUCAGGGAUCUGUGAAGCUGUUCCAGAAUAUCUCCCAGCGAUAUACCCAAUCUGUGAUGGCCUCACAUCAUUGAAUUUAUGUGAUGCUCCCGUGAAUGGCGCUUCCCUCACCAAGCUAGUCAGCCGGUGCAAGAAUCUUCAACGACUAUGGGUAAUGGAUGUCAUUGAGGAUGAUGGCCUAGCUGCUGUGGCAUCAUCUUGUAAGCUGCUUCAAGAACUGCGUGUCUUCCCUUGUGAUCCUUAUGGUGCAGAUCCUGUAUCUCUCACCGAGCAUGGCCUUGUCACUGUGUCUACGGGAUGCCCAAUGCUUCAGUCUGUUCUCUACUUCUGCCGACAAAUGACCAAUGAUGCUCUCUUUGCUGUUGCCAGGAGCAGUCCCAAUCUCACGUGCUUCCGUUUAUGCAUCAUUGAUCCCCACACACCUGACUAUGUCACUCUAGAGCCACUCGAUGCAGGCUUUAGUGCCAUUGUGGAAUCCUGCAAGGAUCUCAGGCGUCUCUCUGUCUCGGGUCUCCUCACCAACAAUGUGUUUAGAUCUAUUGGGGCCUCUGCAGAUUGCCUCGAGAUGCUCUCUAUUGCCUUUGCCGGGGAUAGUGAUGCUGGUCUACAUUAUAUUCUCUCAGGUUGCAAGAGCUUAAGGAAGCUGGAAAUCAGGGACUGCCCAUUUGGAGACAAGGCUUUGUUGGCCAAUGCUGCCAAGCUGGAGACAAUGCGAUCCCUUUGGAUGUCGUCUUGCUUUGUGAGCUUGGGAGCAUGUAGGUUGCUGGCCCAGAAGAUGCCAUUGCUUAAUGUGGAGGUUAUGGAUGAGAAGAAGAGAGGAGGGUCGUGGGAUUCACAGCCCGAUGAUUGCCUUGUUGAGAAGCUCUAUGUUUACAGGACGGUUGCUGGGCAGAGAUCCGACACCCCACCUUGUGUCUGGACGGUGUAAGGUGCUAUCAGAUAAUGUGGAGCACCAAAUUGAGCUUGGACAAGGAUAUGUUAUCAUCGCGGAUUUAACUGCUGCAAAGUAGCUUGUGCUUUGAGGUUUUACCAUAUCUAUAAAGGAAAUGAAUGGAAUUAUAUGUUCCAUAUUCUAUAACAUGUUUUAGCAAGGAUUACCAGGAAAGUUUUGCGUGUUUCGCAUACUUAAUGUAUAUGAGGGUCUUUUAUUUCCUCUUGUUAGUGACUCUGUACUUUUUAUGGAAGUUUAAAUUUUGAAGCGGUAUGCUUACUUCUGAUGUGUAUGAAGAUUGCGUGGAAUAUAACUACAAUGCUUAGUUGUUAAAUUGCUGCAGAUGAUUACGAUCAGCAGCGACGAUGUUUGAUCAUGCGGCAACGAUGUUUGAUCAUGCGGCACUCGGUGACACGAUACCGAAGUAUUUCAGUGAGGCUUAGAGUUUUCCGAGUCCUCUAGCAUUCACCAGCAAGCCAGUAUCUGUAUGAUCGAAGCACUGUUGUAUGGAUGGGAUAAUACUUGGAUGAUUUGUGUUACAUAAUUAGUGCAUGAUGUUUCUGACCUAUCCAACCUUGCAUGAAUUGUUGGAUAAAUGAUCUCAUGGACUGUGGAAUGGAAUGCUACAAUUAGUAUUUGUUUGCUGGCGACGUU